AUGUCUAUUGGGAAGAUAGCGGAGUUUAAAGUGCACACUGACAAUUGGAGAUUGUAUGUGGAGAGGCUGGAGCAAUACUUUGCGGUAAACAAAAUCGCCAGCGAGCUUCAUGUGCCUACAUUAAUCACGGUCAUGGGAGCAGAAUGUUAUGAGCUACUGAAACGUGUGCUCGACAGUCAGCAGCGGCAGGCAAUAAGACGUAGGUCGCGCCUAUCCGAUGUUACCUGUCCGGAUGUAGCUAAUGAUGUAGAAAGGGCUUCAAACGGGCCUGAGGAUGAGUUCGCAGAUGCGUGUUCCGAUUUGCAAACUGAAGGGGUAGCUUCUGCAACGGAGAGAAACAAGGAAGCUGAGGAAGCGGAGGGCAGCGAUGAUACGCCAGGAGAUACUCCGGUUGUCAGCGAUACGGUAUCAGAAGCUCCCACUCCUCCACAUUUAUCACCACCGGUGACCCGUCCCAAGCGAAUCCGUAGACCCGUUAUUCGUUAUAAU